AUUUCUUUUGUGGGGACUGGAAGAAACUGCGCAGUAGACUUAUUGUGCUCCCGAAAGUACUCCUUGCCAGUCUAACAUGACGAUUCAGGUGGAGGCCACAAUUGGUCUUCGAUCUGAAGCCUUACGUUAUAACCCAAUGUUAUAACUUGAGAUUUUCAUCGUUCAGGGCGGAGAGUGAGCUCUGAGUCCGAUGAAAGAGCGGGCAAAAUUGACAAAAUUCUGGAUAGACAGACCGAGGAUCUGGAGAAUGAUUAGCAGUACUGUAGUGAUGCAUGCCACGUUUGGAUCGUACUAUUAUCGCGGUUGGUGCUUCCAGUUCUCACGUGCACAGCAAUGGUGGCUCGUAGAGCUCGUGGACGCGUUUGAUAUCUUGCAUUACUGGAACAGUGACGGCUCGACCGAAAGUCCUGGUGUUCUUGGUAUCAGACUUCCUUUACGGUCCGACCAGCUUUCCGUUAUGUAACGCUUUGAGGUCUAUGGGGCCGUAGAAUGAGUGUUCUGAAUGUCAGAUCUCACAUUUCACCUGCGAAUGCGCGAACGCGGUUGUAUAUGAGGCUGGACGAGCAAGGAUGGACAGUCGAUAUUCAUUAUCAGCUUUGGAAGGACCAGGGCAUCAAUACCUCAGGCGAAAUGGUCGAAUUCUUGUAGCAAGAAGUUUUUGUUAAGUGGAAAAUCAUCAAUCACCACUCAGUUCUCAGAUUAAAUUUCACACAAGCGAAAUUGAACUCGUUGCAAUAUAUCCACAGCGACCUCCCGAGUCGAGAGGUUGCUCCAGCAUCAUGCAGCUGAGACCGAGUUGUGUCUUGCACUUGCACUGUCAGUGAAAGCACAUAGAGCCUUCACAAAGGUGUCUACUCUCUCCUUGAAUGGUGUCUGAAAGUGACUAAUCGACUAAUACAUGUGACGCUCAAAGGGCUGCAGCCCUUUGUAUGAACGAAACCCAUACACGUGUUUGAAUUAGAGGGAGACAUGCUCCGAAAAUUCCGUGUUCUGUUUACUGACCUUAUCAGCAUGACAUUCAAGCCACAAACUGAAUAUGUCACAAGCCAAGCCGAUGUGUACGGAAUACACAUCUUUCUCGUCAGCAUCAAAACAACUACCGAAGAUUUGAGAAAAUUGUGAAGGACAAAGAAGAGCCUAAACAAUCCCCACUUUUAUACGACGCCUAAUCAGUCACUGACGCAACUGCAAUAGUUCACAGCCGAUUUCAAGUUCUUGGACUCUCCUCCGGCUGGACACGGCGGAGUACGUGUGUGUCUGAUGAAUAUGAUCGUCGCUUUCCGCGAAAAGGACCACAUUGCCCUGAAAGUCGCCCAAAAGUGAUGAAUGUUAGUAUUGUGAGUUGAGGAUCACAAUAUUCAGCAUAUACCUCUCGGAUUUUGCAGUAUGAGGCACAAGUCUGUUACUGCCAGACAGCUUGAUAGAAAGUUAUGAUGGUGCAUGGGUCUCGAUUUCAACUAGUUCGAGUGCUCUACCAGAGCGUCCAAAGUAUAAUGUGCGCAGGACGAGUAAUCUCACCUAGAGCAGGUUUUGCAACUAAUCCUUUCAUCCCCACGGCUUCUGCCACGACGGACAAACCCUGCUUGUUGUCCUCAGCCCUAAGAAGCUCCUCUCUGCUCUCUCCACAACUCAACGGACCCACCUUCCCCAGCAGCAAAUUUUCGUCUUUGAAGCUGUGCACAGUCGUCGCUCCACGUUAUUCGUCUCGGAACUCUGUGAGAAUGUCCGUCGACGCAACUGAAAGCAAUGCAGGAAAGCAAGCGCUGUUAUUGACGGAUGCAGCUCAGCUGAUUUCUUCAGUAGAAACCUUCAUAUUUGACUGCGAUGGUGUGAUAUGGAACUCAGGAGAGCUGCUAGAAGGCGUGAAGGAGACUAUAGAUAUGCUCAGGUCCCUGGGCAAGCGGCUGUAUUUCUUAACAAACAACUCCACGAAAUCUAGAAGGCAAUACGCGGAGAGGGCUAAUAAAUUUGGCUUGGGAGUAAGAGAUGACGAAAUCUUCUCUUCAGGCUUUGCCGCAGCUCUCUACUUGAAGACAAUCAAUUUUCCUGCAAAUAAGAAGGUCUACAUGAUCAGUGAAUCUGGGCUUAGCGAGGAAUUGGACCAAGCUGGGAUCUCAUACAUUGGUGGACCUGAGGACGAUGACAAGAAGGCAGACUUCACGCCCGGAGCAUAUCUGCACCAUGAUCACGAUGUUGGUGCUGUGGUGGUUGCAUUUGACCGAUCUGUAAGCUACUACAAAAUGCAAUAUGCUGCACUUUGUCUGCGAGAAAAUCCUGGCUGCCUUUUCAUAGCCACCAACUGCGAUGAGGUGAUUAUACCCACGGGUGUGCAAGGAUUGCCAGGUGAGGCGGCCAUGGUAGGGGCUAUCAAGGGUACAACUAAAAAGCAACCUAUAGUCGUGGGAAAGCCUUCAACUUUCAUGAUGGAUUACCUUUGUGAGAGGUUUAACAUCAAGAGGGAGCAGAUAUGCAUGGUGGGUGACAACCUAGAGACAGACAUUCUCUUUGGCAAGAAUGGUGGAUGCAAAACUCUCCUUGUGCUUACUGGCGUUACUGAUUUGAAGACUUUACACAGUCCAGAGAACAGCAUUCAACCCGAUUACUACACUAACCAGCUCUCUGACCUGCUGGUUGGAUCGAAGCUCCAGACGCCGACCCAUCAGUAAUAACUGUAGAACCUUAGUUGAGUCUUCUAGAUGGAGUCUAGUUACUAUAGUGUAGUACAUAGCGUCUUCUUGUAGCAUCCGUCGUUUCAAGCAAGCACACUGUGCUUCACUCGAUUUCAGCCUCGGUCAUCGAGAGCCCUAGCUGUGGUAUCAUUCUGCUCCCGCUUCUGCCUCCGGUAUUGCAGCAAAUUGUGUACACCAUUCUAAUUCACUCCU